AUGGACGACAACGGCGGCUUCGACUCAGUUCAGUGGGAGAGAGAUCGCGAUGGACAACCCGCCGAAGAGAGCUCGAGUAGCCCCUUCCCUACAGCCUCGCAAUUGCCAGACCGGUCAAUAAGUCAUCGCAGAAGCGACAGCACCUCGAGUCAACCACAAGCCGGUGAGAAUGCGGAUGCGGUCGAUCUGGCUGGAAUCGGAGCAGAAGGCUUCUUGGAGUGCACGGUAGACACGCCGCUGAAGGAGAAUGAUGGAACCAAAGAUGCCUACGUCUCAUAUCUGAUCACAACAAAAACCGACUUCAAAACCUUCCAGAAGGGCGACUUCUCGGUCCGAAGACGCUUCACAGACUUUGUCUACCUGCGCAAUUCCCUACAUCGCGAUUUCCCAGCUUGUGCAACGCCUCCACUACCGGAGAAGAACAACAUGGCCUAUGUGAGAGGUGACCGCUUCAGUACAGACUUCACUCAACGACGAGCCUGGUCAUUGCAUCGCUUCAUCCGGCGAUGUACGCUACACCCGGUCCUACGAAGAGCACCGAUCUUUCUGCUAUUCCUAGAGACCUCGGACUGGAACGCUCAGAUGAGGCUGCGGCCUGGACGGAGCAAUACUAACACAAGCGAAGGCUCCCCUAACUCGGCUCCUGCUGGUUUCCUUGACAGUGUUGCGGACACGAUGUUGAAUGCCUUCUCCAAAGUACAUAAGCCGGACAAACGCUUCAUCGAGGUGACGGAGCGAGCAAACAAGCUCGACGAAGACCUUGGAAACGUUGAGAAGAUAGUCUCCCGCGUUACUCGGCGACAGGCAGAUCUGGAAGCGGACUAUGCUGAUCUGGCUGUUAACAUGCGAAAACUGACACCACUCGAGCCCGCAAUAGAGGCACCUGUACAGACCUUCGCAGCCAGCAUGGAGGAGAACUCACGAGGCUGGAAGGGUCUGCAUGAUCACACUGCUCAGAACUAUCUCACAAGCCUGAAGGAUAUGGAGGCCUAUAUUAUGUCGGUCAAGUCACUCUUGAAGACUCGCGAGCAGAAGCAGCUCGACUUCGAGGGGUUGACGGACUAUCUCCAGAAGGCUACCUCGGAGCGCGACGUUCUGGCAUCGAGCAAUCCAUAUGCCCACGGCUCGCCACUCAACCCAGCCAACUUCAUCCGCAACAAAGUUGAAGACAUCCGAGGGGUUGAUCAUGAAGCAUCCCGCCGUGAGCGAGCCAGGAAGCUUGAGCUGAAAAUUGAGGAGCUCAACAGAGAAGUCGACUCAUCCAAAAGUACUAGUGAGAUGUUCGACGAGCAGGUGGUGCGAGAAGUUGCUGAUUUUGAGCGAAUCAAGGCGGUGGAGUUCUCGGACAGCCUUGGUCAACUGGCUACACAGCAUAUGGCGUUCUACCAGGGCGUUGAGGAUACGUGGAUCAGGUUCCUCAGAGACAUGGAUGCGGAUCUCUCGAGCGUCAAGGAUAAGGGCAGGGCUGUGUCUGCGUGA